AUGCUUAUAUAUGGGUUAACAGACUUUAAUAAUUAAUUCUCAUUAUUCCCAACAGAAGGUGAAAUUUUUUAAUUUGACUUAUCUGAAAUUUUUAGUGACCGUAGCUUUACCUGCAAAAUUCAUCCUUAAGUUCCAUAUGUUGAAUUAAUAAAUAAGCAUUAAGAAAUUUAUCGUACAAAAGGGAGAUGUAAAUAUUAAAGAUCUAUAUUAGAAUUUUUAUCAUUAGCAUCAAAUAAUACACAUUUUUUCGCUCUAUCAUAAGAUAACGAAGUUUUUAUUUAUGAAUGGAAGAAUUAAAAUAUUUAUUAAGUUGAAAAACCUAUUCCUAUUGAUCCUUCAUUUAAAUGCUUAAACAUAAAUUAAUUUUUAGGUUUUGAAAUUUUACUUGAUUGUUACAAGAAUAACUAAUUAUUUUUUUUUUAAAUAAUAGACUCAUAACCAAAAAUUGCUAAUUAGUCCUAAUCCUUUUUACCAAUAUCAACAAAAAUAAAAUCAAUAGUUAAUGAUUCAAAAACUUUUUUAAUAUACGCUUAAUAUUUUCAGAAUUAUUCGAUUCUCACACUAAUUUCAGAUAAUUUUAAAAAUUUAAGUUGCUACUCUAAUUAAUUUAAUGAUUUUGAUACUCCUAAUUAAAUAAAUCCUUAUAUUUAUGUAAUUACUUCAAAAGAGAUUUUUUAGUUUUUCAUAUCAUCUGACUUUGAGUUUCAAUUAACUUUCAACUUUACCACUAAUAAUGAUAAUGAGUAAUUUACUAAUAUUAUAGUUUAUGAAAAUUCUAAAUAAUACUGUGAUUAUAUUUUGGUUUUGCUAUAGUUAAGCUCUCCUUUUGGUUAUAAAGAUGUUAAUUAGUAUUUUGGGUGUGAAUACUCAAUAAUCUACAAUAAUAUAGGAUUUAACGAUGAUCUUGAUUCAUCUAUUGAAAAGAUAAUAUCAAAUAAGCAAUUUAUAAUAUACUAGUUAAAUAUGGAUAUAGUAAAAUUGAGUUCAAUAGAUGAUUUUAUUUUCUAACUUUAUCUAGAAAUAAAUCAUUAAUCCUAAUUAUAUAUCAAUGUAGAUAAUGAAUUAUAAUUCAAAAAAAGUAUUCGUUAUAUUUUAAUUUGAUUAAGAUAUAGUUGUUUAUUACAUUUCAUAGCCCAAAUUAAAAAUUAAUUUAACAAACUAAAUUAUUGAACAAUAUAAUUAUGAUUUCUCUCUAUUGUGUAAUAAUAUAAGAAAUACUUUAUUUGAAGAAAUAAUUGAACAUUUCUUCACAUACUUUGAAUAUAUACAUAUUAAUCUAUAAAUUAACCUUUAAAUUUUGCUUUAAAAUGAUACAAAUAUUUAUGUAAUGUUUAAUUAAGAUUUUCCAUAGGAUAUACUUUAACCUGAUGUUUUGAUAAAUUUUUUUAGUUUUUCUGGAUAAUUAUUAAAUUAUUCACCUAAUUAAGAUAAAAACUUGUUAAAUUAUAAAUAAGCAACUUUUAAAAAAAUUGGUGAAAUUAGUGAAAAAUUUAAAUUAGUUUAAUUCAUUUAAGGGGUGUUAACCAAUACUCAAAAUAUAUAUAUAGUAGGAUAUAAUAAUUAUUAGCUCAGUAUUUUACUAUGCGAGAUUGGUGAAUUUGAUAGAAGUUAUUUAUGCAUUACAUAAAAUUCAAUAGAAAUUUAAAUAAAUGCUUUAUCUUUAAAAACUGCCUAAAGCAUUUAUCCUGAAAUUAUUGUAAUAGGACUCAAAGACAAUAAUACCAUCUACUUAUUUAAACAAAACUAAAAUAACAAUAUUUAUAAUUAAUUAAAUUUUACUUUUGAACAAGAAUUUUCAGAUUUUCAAGUAACUUAUUAAAACAUAAUAAUAUUAAUUCAAAAAUAAGAAGUUUAAAUAAUGUCAUUAAAUUUUACAAAUAAAUUUACUAUAAAUUAAUAGUAUAUAAAUUAACAUUUUUAAAAUAUUGAGUUCUAACCUACAUAGAUUGUUAUAAAUACAUAAACUUUAUCAUCUUUUUUAUUUAUCAAUAAUGUUCAUUCUGUUAUUAUAGUUUCAAUAGAUAAAAAUAACUUGCCAAUACCUAUUAGUCUACUUUCAGCUGGCAUAGAAAUUAAAUAAAUUAAUUUAGUAAACUAAUAACUAAUUUUGUCUGAUCUUUGUAACAAUAAUCAGAAAAUCUGUUUUGAAUGUUUAAAAUUUACCCAAAUUCUAUUAUGUAAAAAGUUUAUAUAGUGUAAAUUAUGAUAAUCAUAUAUUGAUAUCAUCUGAUAACUUGUUUUUCUAUAUUACUUUUAGCAAUCACACAUUAUAUAUCUAUAAUCCUAUAUUACCAUAACAUAUGAGUUUAUAUUAUAUGGUAGAGUUAACAUCACCAAUUAAAUGUAAUUGGGCAUUUUAUGACCACUAUAACUGGCAAAACUACUUUGAUUAAUCUAUAAUACUUAACAAUAAUAGUUUUUAUCUACUUUCUGAAAAUUAGGCUAUUGAAAUUUUUUUUCAAAAUGAAGAUUAAAUCUUUAGUAAUUCAACUCAUUAUCCAUAAAUUAUUUAUAAUUAUAGUGUUACCUCCAUAAUUAAUUCAAAUGUUAGUUAUAAUUAAUAGAAGAAUUUAGGUUUAAAAAAAAAAAUCAAAUACAUAUUACUCCUAAUUAAAGUGUUACUUUAUUUUCAAACUUCACAAUAUUUUAGCCUUAAAAUUUUAAAACAGUUAUUCUCACCAAAGAAAAUUUGAAUUUUCAAGAAAACAAUUUCACUUAUCCUAUGAGUUUAAUACUUAAUAGAUAAAUUGAUUAUUGUGGAUCAACAAUUGAUAAUGAAACCUAUAAGUUAAGCGAACUUUGCAGUUUAAGUUAUUUUGCUUCUAAUUCUAGCAAAAUACCAUAUUCGUAAAAUUACUAACUAAUUACUUCAAUAAAUAAUCAAUUUUUUGCCUUUUAGAAUAAUUAAUACAUUUCAAUUUUCUAUGACAAUCUGACAAAAGUUGCAAAUUAUACAUAUUCUAAUCUAAAUUUGAGCGAUUGUAUAAAAUCUACAUCUUAUGAUUACACAUUGUAUUCAAUUUGUUAAAAUGAUUCUACUUAGUAUUGGCUGAUUUUUCAGAUUAAUUAAAAUGGUACUUUAAUUAUAUUAACAAAUUUAAAAAAACUUAAUCAAACUUUUUCAAAUAUUUCAAAAAUACAUUGUAUUUUAGAUCAAAUGCUUGUCUUAGGAUCCUUAAAUUAAUAAAGGCAAUAAUUGUAUUGGUUUAACUAAUCUAAUAACAUAUUUUAGUAAAUAAAUAAAGACCCAUCGAAUUAUGGGUGUAAAGAUUUUUCUGGUGCCUAAUUUCUAUAAGAUAAUUUGUAAUAAAAAUAAGACUCAAUCAUUAUUUUCUAUAUUGUAGAAAUGAAGGUUUUCCAUAGACAAAUGUUAGUUUUUGGAAAUUCAACCAUAUUCAUAAUUAAUCCCAAUGAAGUUAUCUUGCCUGACUGCUUUAAUUAAAAAUGUACACAAGAUGAAUAUUUUAUUUUAUCUUCUCAUCCUCUUUGGAUUCUAAUUAUUUAAGUAUAUUAUUUAAAUGUUAUAAUUUUUUUGAGUGAUUUUGUCAGCAAAAUUUAAUAAAUCCUUAAACUAAAUUUGAGUAUAUUGAGUUUAGUUACAUUGUUAAUGUAAACUUUUAGAACUCUUUUAAUUAUUAAGAGUUUUUUAAUUUUUAGAAUUCCUUUUAUACUUAUUAGUAAUCUUUUGGAGCAGUUAUAAAAACUCUUCCAAAUUAUGGUAAUUCAGAUAAUUUAGGGAAUUCUGUUUAUUAAAAUGGUGUACUGAUGCAGUAAUUCAAAUUAAAAGAAUAAUAAAACAACGAAAAUAAAUAUAUUGUUGGAACUUAUUACUUGAACAACCUAGCAGAAAAUAUUGAUGUGACUAUACCUAUUUUGAUGUAUGGUUCAUUUAAGACAUUAUCUAAUUAAUAUGGAAUGAUUGUAAACAAAAAAUACAGGUUAUGA